GGUCCGCAGCAAACAAACAUGGCGAAGCGCAAGAAGCGUUCACGUGCGGCCGAAGAUGCUGAAGAAACUGUUGAAACACAAGAAAGGCUUCCUCCUGUCACCAGACGAUCGGAUGAACCCCCCGAAAAGAAGCACAAAUGGAUCAACAAGCAGCGUGUCAUGAUCUUUGCAUCGAGGGGGAUUACGUUCAGAGACAGGCAUCUGAUGCUUAACCUUCGGACAUUGCUGCCUCAUUCCAAGCCCGAGUCCAAAAUGGAGAAAAAGGACCCCCUUGUAGUCAUAAAUGAGAUAUGUGACAUGAAGAAUUGCAACAAGUGCUUGUACUUCGAAAACAAAAAAAGGAAAGACCUCUAUUUAUGGGCAUCCAAUGUGCCAAAUGGGCCAUCUGUCAAGUUUCUUGUUGAGAAUGUUCACACCAUGGAGGAGCUGAAGAUGACGGGCAACUGCCUCAAAGGUACACGGCCACUUCUGUCCUUCGACCAGGCUUUUAAUGAGAACCCAUUUUCAAAACUGAUGAAGGAGCUGCUGUCUCAGAUAUUUGGGACACCCAGAUACCAUCCCAAGAGCCAACCCUUCGUGGACCACGUGUUCACCUUCUCGCUGCUGGACCACCGGAUAUGGUUCCGCAACUAUCAGAUUGUGGAGGAGACUGGGGCACUAGUCGAGAUUGGCCCUCGGUUUGUGCUCAACCCAAUCAAAGUCUUUGAGAGCAGCUUCGGAGGAACUGUGAUCUACAGCAACCCCAACUACGUGACUCCAAGUCAGCAUCGACGUUCCCUAAAGUUGGCUGCUGCUGGCAAGUACAAGGAAAGGAAAGAAGCCAGAGCCAGCCUCAAGCACCGCAUUGCCGAAGGGCCAGCACCAUCCAAUCCACUGGAUGACAUCUUCCAGACAGUUCCGCCAGAGAAAGCCAAGGGAAGGGACAAGCUACUGUUUCGACGGAAAAAAUAGCCAUGUCAUUAAAUGCCAGUUUUCCACAUCCAUA